AUGACGAGCACAAUCGGAAUACCAAUUAAGCUCUUGAACGAGGGCCCAAGUUCGUCCACUCCAUUCCUACAGGCUCCAAGGUUCAGUGGUCAUGUCGUAACUCUCGAGAUCACGACCGGUCAGGUCUAUCGUGGAAAGCUUCUGGAAGCGGAAGACAACAUGAACGUUCAACUUAAGGAUAUAACUGUCACAGCACGCGACGGUCGUGUCAGUCAUUUGGAUCAAGUAUACAUUAGAGGCUCACACGUGAGAUUCUUUAUUGUUCCAGAUAUGUUAAGGAACGCGCCUAUGUUCAGGAGUAGAAAUACUAGGGGUAGAGGUGUCGGAUUGGCAAGAGGAAGGGCUACAGUUAGUAGGGCGAGAGCAAGUGGACGAGGAGCACCAAGAGGUUGA